AAUAAAUUACCAUGAAGUUCAACUCUUAGAACAAGGGAUCUUACAGACUACCCUGUGCUCGUCAGUAAGCAGUUUGUUUGUGGCAGGUUUCCACCAGGAGCUAAAUAUUCAGGAAUGUUUAUAUUCUGUGAAGAGUGUAUUGAAAACAGCAAUUGAGGUCUUGUGUUAAAUGUAUUGGGUUUAAAAAGCCAAGUCUUGGCAGUAGCAAUGGGAAUUCUUUAAAUAAACAGCGUGGAUUGAGCAGAACUUUGUAGGUGAUUGAGCACAUGUCCAGUGAGAGGAGAGGAACAUGUAUCUGCAAUUGCUGGAAUGGACUGACUGCUGCUGAGGAGUGAGAAGACUAAACAGUCAGUUUUUAAAACAAUGAGCAGCUAAACCCACAAUGACAUCAGUGGAUACAAUGCAAACCACUACACAGAGGACAGGCUGGGUUACUUUUAAUGACGACUCACCCCUUACAUCAGUAGGAUACAAGAAAGAUGAGAACCACAGUGUGGCUCAGGCAGACCCUCACCCUACCCAGCAGACCUGUCCUCUGACCACAGCCCCCAAGAGCACAGUGUUUAAUCCACAGUCCUCUCAUGAACACAGAAGCUGGAUCCAGUUUGAUGACAAGCCAUGGAGCAAUGUGCAGCCACAAGCAACGUGCUCAUCUGUAGGAGCCCCGAAUCAGGACCUUUGCUCCUCGGUCAGCUUUUGGAGCCCAACGCCACCCUCUGAGAGCAGCUGGACAACACACUCCGAGGACCCCAGCUUUCUCAGCAUCACCCCAUCCUACACUGACCUGCAGUCAAAUAACAGUGAGGACCAGCAGAGCAGUGGCAUGUCAAGAGCUGAGUCACCAAAUUCUUCUGUCUUUCAAGAUGAUGAAGAUAUAAACAUGGAUGCAGUUAACUGGCUUCAAACCGAUAAACAAAUGAAUGGACAGUCGGACAGAAAAACAACCCGCUUUGCCAGCUGGGUCACCUUCGAUGAUGAUGAGGACUCCUGCUUUGUUUCUUCUCCAAAACCUUUAAAGGUUAACAACUUCAGCCAUGCUUUUGCUCAAGACUCCAACAGUAACUUGAUUAUCUCUGAAGGACAUUUGCUAAAGACAGAGGUGACGAGGAACUUGUUCGAUUUGGCUCCGGAAAAGACCAAUCACGUUUUCACUCCCGACAGUCCUCCAGCUAAUACCAGAACACCAUGCAGUAAGAUAAAUCCAUUUUUGGACAGCAAGCUUUUGGAUGUUCAGCCAUCACCCAUUAACCCUUUCAGUGCCUACUUUGAUAAGCAGGAGCCCUCGCUUGUUGAUACGUCAGAGAACAAUGGACCAGGGAGUCCUCAGGUGUAUUCAUUCAGCUCUCCCUUUCUCACUGAAGGAGUCGAUGUCAAAAGAGACUCCGACCUGCUUUUCUCUCCUGUUUUUGAUACCAGCAUCCACGAGGACAUGUUCAAUAGUGUUCCUCAAAAUCAGACCUUAGAGCAAUUGAAGCAGAUGCAAAUUGCAGAUCUAGAUGAAGCAGAUAAUCCUACCAUGCCUGGUGAACCCAUAGAUUUAGAUGAGCUUGAUGAACCACCUUUUGUGCCAUCCCACUUGGAGCCUAAAGAUGGUUGGCCAAUGAUGCUAAGGAUACCUGAAAAGAAGAGCAUGAUGUCAUCCAGGCACUGGGGAGUAAUUCAUGUGAAACUGACAGAGGCCGGUUGCUUACAACUUUAUUAUGAGAAAGGAAUGGCAAAACCUUUUAAGACACUUCAGUUGAAUGCCAGCCACGGGUUAUCAGAGCCCAAGCUACAAACCUUUGAUGAAAAUGGGAAAAUUCACACAAUACGGAUAGACCAUGUAACUUACAAGGAAAAAAAGAAAUAUCAGCCAAAGGUAGCAGUAGUUCACACACCCAUAACGGAACAAAUUGUUAAACUUGGAACAAAAAAUUAUGAAGAUUUUUUGAGUUUUAUAUCAGCGGUUCAAAAUAUGUUGAUGAAUCUGCCACUGGAUGUGGACACAUAUUUGCGUCCUUCGAAUUACUUGGAGGACGAGAUAUUCAUAGAAAUUAGGGAUGAGUUUUGUGGUGUGGUGGCCAAAGGGGAUAACCGAAUCUUGCGCCAGUCAGUGGUGACUCAUGUCAGCGUUUUGGCUUUUGUUUCAGGGACACCAAUAUGCAGGAUAGGUUUUAAUGAUGUCCAAAUCAAGGGGAAUGAAGUUGUUUCUAGACAUGACAUUGUUCCAAACAGCACAACAAGAUGGAUUAAACUCAGAGACUGCCAGUUUAACAAAUACGUGGAUGAAAAGGAAUUUGCAAAUACAAGAUCUAUUGCGUUUGUUCCCCCAAGCGCGCAUAGGUUUGAACUGAUGCGCUUCAGGACAGCUUUUGCAGAAAAAACCCUGCCCUUUACUCUCAGGACCAUAGCUACUGUCAAGGGAGCCGAGGUAGAACUACAGUCUUGGUUAGUGACGUCAUCAGGGUUUUCAUCCAACCGGGAUCCACUGACUUUGAUUCCCUGUGAAAACGUGAUGAUCCGCUACCCUGUCGCACAAACUCUGAUAAAGAAUUUCCGGCGGGAGAGUGUCACAGGAGAAAAGUCUUUGAAAGCCAAAAUGAAUAAAGGGGCAAGUUUUGGUUCCACCAGCACCUCUGGAUCAGAGCCUGUAAUGAGAGUAACUUUGGGAACUGCCAAAUACGAGCAUGCUUUUAAAGCGGUGGUAUGGAGGAUAAACAGGCUUCCUGACAAAAACUCAGCUUCAGGCCACCCUCACAGUUUCUUCUUUCAUCUGGAGCUGGGCUCGGACCGGGAGGUGCACUCAAUGUUUGCACGACACGUGGACGUGGAGUUCGACAUGCCAGCAGCCUCAGCCUCCAGAGCCACUGUGCGCUCCCUGUCCGUCGGAGAUAAAAGCGACGUGAAGAAAUGGGUCAGCUACAAAGCACAUUACUGCUACCAGGUUGAAAUUGAACUGAAAACUGAUCAAAUGCAGGAGAUGAAUGGAACACAGACAGACCAACCAAAUGAAUGUGGCCAGCAGUGAGCACAGCAAAGAACAUAUUGAUUCAAGGAUAAAGGAUAAAAAAAAAAAAACGGUGCACUUUGUAGAGAGUAUCACAGGAGAGGAUGCAUUAAUAUAUCCAUUUGUAGUUUGAAAAACAAAGAAACACUAUUUUCAGUUGACACUGCCUGACAAGGUCUUGAGCAAAACAUCUGACUGCUUCACUAUUGGUUUGUCUGAUUCAGGUUGCUCAGUAUUCAGUUACUAGGAUGCCGAUUGCAGGGUGCAGUAUGAUAAUAGGAUUAAACCUGCUUCACCAGCACUUGAGAAGCAUACAAUUAAAAUACAUAACCAUGUGUAUUUGUAUGCUUUGUAUUUGCUUUUGUUUUUACUCCAGAUGCUUAUUAAUUCUUAAGUGGAUUCUUAUUAAAUCAAGCUCUCAUUAUUCCUCUCCUCUUCUUCUAAACAGUUGGAUUUGAAUAGAUGUGACAGCUUUAUUUCUUUUGGGUUUGUACUUUGAAAACAGUACUGUACGGUACUCCCUUUUUAUUUUGGUUACUGACACAUAUAAGAGAAUUGUGAAGUAUUGAAAACAGUAAAUUAAAGAAGGGCCCUUACACAGUAUAGAAUGUGACAGUUUACUGCUGCCAUGCCCUAACCGUGAAUUAACCCAGAAAUAAUGUGUUAAUGAGUAUUGAAUUUGAUAGCCAAACAGUUUUCAAAAGCUGAAAGAUUAAUAUUAUAGCCAAAUCCUUGUAGUAUUUGAUGCAGAAGAAUGUCAAUAUUGUUUAGUUAGACAGCAACAUAAUUUCAAAUACUGGUUUCACAGUGGAGAACAGGUUCCUUUUUGUUGGAGUUGUUGCUUUGUAAACAACUGUUUCUCAGUUGUGCUUUUCACAUAGAUGAUGCUAUAAAAAAUGUUAUAUGUAUAUAUAUAUAUAUAUAUAUAUAUAUAUAUAUAUAUAUGCAGAAAAAUGUAUAUAUGUAUUUUGCUUUAUUGGCUGUCUUUUGAGGGGGAAAAAGGGUGGCGUUUUUUACAAAAAUACAAAAAUUCCUUAAAAUGUUUAAUGCUAUUGUGGAGGCACCAGUAUUUACAUCUUUGUGUACUUACUGUUUGUGACACUUUACAUUUGUUUAUCCAAUUGUAAUGUUACUAACAUACUUGUUAGUUUAGGUAAUUAAACCGAUUCAAAGCCCCGCUCCCCUUUUGAUGCACCUGUAUCUUAAUUUGAUACAAAAGAUUAGGCUUCAGACUGAAUGAUUUACACUUGUUACAGCAUAAAAUAGAGAAAUUGAACACUGGAUUUUUUCUGAUAAUCAGAAUACCGUAAAGCCUUGAAAAAUCUUUA